AUGUGUGGUAUAUGGGCCAUCUUUGGUAGUAACAUUGAUAUGUGCUCACAUUUUAAGGCAGCGUAUAAAAUAGCUCAUCGUGGUCCCGAUGCUUUCCGAUUAGAAACCAUUUACCAAAUUCCUUCGUGUUGUCUUGGAUUUCAUCGCCUUGCCAUCCUGGACGUUCAACAUGGAAUGCAACCGAUGAGAGUUUCCCAGCAUCCUCACAUUUGGCUUAUUUAUAACGGGGAGAUCUAUAACCACCAAAACCUCAAAGAACAGUUUGGCUUCCAAUACGCUACUAAUUGUGACGGAGAGGCAAUCAUCCAUCUAUACGUCCAAGGCGGGAUAGAGUUUACAGCCAGACAACUAGACGGUGUGUUCGCCUUCUGUCUCCUUGACACCGCCAACAGGAAGGUCUACCUCGGCAGAGACACAUUCGGUGUGAAGCCGCUAUUUCGUGUUCUUACAGCUGGUGGUAUUUUAUCAGCAUGCUCCGAAGUCAAAGGUCUCAUGGACAUGGUAGACAUUUCAGCUCAUGUGAAGAUUCAAGAAGUAAUGUCAGGGCAUGUGGAAACAUACAAUCUUGAUUCUGAAUUUCGAACUUCAUUUGAGAAAAUAUAUCAAUUCCAUCGCAUAGGUGAUCCGCCGUUGUACACAACUUUCGCAAAAGUAUUAGAAAAUGACACCAAGGCUAGUAUCCGGAUUCUUUUAGAAAGUUCCGUUGAAAAGAGAAUGAUGGCAGAUCGCCGAAUGGGAUGUGUUCUCUCUGGUGGCUUAGACUCAAGCUUAAUAACAGCCUUGUUGGUUAAGUUGGCGAGAAAACGUGAUCUAAACUACACAAUACAGACAUUUUCUAUAGGAUUGGACGGGAGUCAUGAUUUACUAGCAGCAAGAAAGGUUGCCCUGUAUUUGGGAACAGAACAUCAUGAAAUCGUGUUUAGUCCCGACGAAGCAAUCUCAGCCAUUGAAAACGUCAUUUACCACUUGGAGAGUUAUGAUGCUCCUACCAUACGAGGAGCAGUUGGUAUGUACCUGCUUUGCAAAUACGUGAAGGAAAAUACUGAUACGACGGUGUUGUUAUCUGGAGAAGGAGCAGACGAGAUCGCCCAAGGUUACAACCACUUUCACAUAGCGCCCUCUGCUGAAGACGCCGACAGGGAAAGCAGACGACUAUGUAAAGACAUAUGUUUGUUUGAUGUAAGAAGGGUGGACAGAAACUCCGCAGCAUUUGGAUUAGAGAUACGGGUGCCUUUUCUGGACCAUCAUUUCAGCAGUUAUUACCUGUCCUUGGAUCCUGAGUUAAAAAUGCCACACAAUGGGGUUGAGAAAGAGCUACUCCGAUAUGCCUUCAAAGACACAGGAUUACUACCGACAGAGAUUUUAUGGAGGCCCAAAGAGGCAUUUGCUGAUGGCAUGGCUUCUCCGACCAAGUCGUGGAUUGAGUGUAUUCAAAACUUUGUUGAGGGACAAAUACACGACUCGGAAAUGGAGUUUUAUAGUCAACAAUAUUCCCACAAUAUCCCUAUAAGUAAGGAGUCCUUGUACUAUAGACGAAUAUUUGAGAAGUUCUUUCCAGGCCAAGGUCACCUGAUCCCCUACUUUUGGACGCCAAAGUGGUCUGUUGCUUUCAGGAAUGCCUCGCUUUUCUGUUCUAAAGGAAUUCGAUAUACUGUUGAUACGAAAGUAAAAACUCUUCACCCAACAAUGCUUCACAUCAAACUUGACAAAAAUGAGUCAAUCCAACAGAAGAAGGAUUUUAGGAAAAAAAAUGCUCUAGAUCCACUAUUUGGCCCCGCCGAGACUAACUAG